AUGCUCAAGUGGAGAGCUAUCGUUGAUAGAUAUUCAAACCUCAAUCCCAGUGUCUGGAACGUCAGCGCAAUGUUUGCAGAUCAAAUGCUCAGCUUGAAAAAGUUAAACUGGCCUAUCAAUGAUAGACAUGUAUGUGGACGCUAUUCUGUAUGGCAAUCAAAAACGCAUACUAUGAGUGGUGAUUUUACGGGUGAGAACCAGAAGUGUGCUAGUGGAAUUUAUGCCAUGACUGCAGCGACCUUCUUUGAGAUUUAUGGCGGAAAGGUGUUCGACCUUCUGAAGCAAAAAGCUUUAUUGCGAGUUCUUGAAGAUGGCAAAAAAGAAGUACAAGUUGUUGGACUGAAAGAGGUUCCUGUUAAGUGCGAAAACGAUGUUCUUGAUCUGAUCCGGCAGGGCACGGAUAUGCGCACUGCAGGAGCAACAUCUGCAAAUUCCAAUUCGAGCAGAUCCCAUGCCGUCUUUCAAAUAGUUUCGAGGAGGGGCAAUAAAUUAUGGGGAAAGUUUUCGCUGAUAGAUUUAGCGGGUAACCAACGUGGUUAG